GAAGAACUGUGAAGCACACAUAUUGAAGGAAGCUUUUGUCGUUGUGGAAGUAAUCUUUAUUCAGUCAGGGUUUUAAAUACGAGUAGUGUUUGGCUCUGUAACAGUUGAGGAGCUGAAACGCUUAUGUUUUAGAGGAGAUGAUGGAGUUGUCUUUAUAUGACAUGAGCACAGCUCACAGGUGUUCAUAUGAGCAGAUGUCUCUGGCUGAGAUGCUGGAGGUUCAGGGUCAUCCAGUGAGUGAGGAGCAGGCCUGGGCUCUGUGUUAUCAGCUCUGCCGCAUGCUCUCUCAUCAGUCCGGUGAACAAACACGGAAGACGGCCGUGUCUCCGGCCGCGGAGGCGGUGCUGUUCUCCAGAGACGGAGGCGUCUCUCUGCGGCAGAGUAACAGUGGCGAUACCGGUAAUUCCUGUGUGAUAGAGACAGAGGAACAGGCUGUGGAGUUUGUGGGCCGUCUUGUGUACUUGAGUCUGGACUGGGGUCUGGAGACGCAGGUGGAGCGUGAAUUAAGCGAGACCUUGGAGAUCCUGGUGUGUCAGAUGACCAAAGUGAACCUCGGCCACCGUCAGCCCAUCUGCAGCAUCGCUGACGUCAUCCACGUUUGUAAGGAGCGCCUGUACGAUCCGAGUCAGGCAGCUAAACACUACAGGAGCGUGUGUUCCGGUCUGUUCUCGCACACCGCGGAGUUGUGCCAGUAUCUGCAGAUCGUUCAGCAGUCCAGGAAGAGUCUGCAGGAACUAUUUGAAUCAGAGACCCAACUGGUUGCAAAAGUGACCACAGACUGGGUGUCCUCCUGGAGGGAUCUGGUGGAUGAGUUGAGCAGAGGUGUGCUGCUGCGGCCGCUAGCAAAGAGACUGACUGUCAGCAAAUGCCCACAGCCUGCAGAGACCCCUCCGUUCAACCAGCUUCUGCGGGACAUCCAGUUCAGACGCUACACACUGCGCAAAGUUCAGCUAACUGAUGUAGGAGAUGGCCAAAGAAAACCAGACCCUCACCAGACUCUUCUGGAGUUCAUCCGCUCGCGGCCAAAGUUGCGACCGGCGUCCGAGCGUAGGAUAGGCCUAAAGCCCAAAGAGCAGAUCAGUCUGCAUGAGUUGCUAAUGGAGGAGAUUCGCUCGACUGACCGCUGCAAACGUCUGGCUCACAACACCGAGUCGAGCUAUAAACAUGGCUUGACGAUUAAUGGAGAAGCUGAAGAGCGUUCUUUCCUGAAGUCGGCUCCUCACAGGAUACGCUCUGAUGAAGCUGUUGGUUCAGGAAGUGAUGCGCAGGAUGCCAGCUUUACAGACUUCACACUCUGCGCAGGAAAGCGCCGGACCAGAUCUUUUGCUAGCAACCGGGAUCUCUUCAAAGUGGUGAAGAGCAGUAACAGGGGGUCUGUCCUCACAACGAUUGUUGACGUCAUGAAAAUGCACAGUUCUGAGGAGCAAGGAGAUGUGAAGGAUCUGUCGUGUGAGAGAUAUGGGGACUGGCGGGUUUGUUCUUGCUGUGCGAUGAGGAGCCUGUAUUUCACGUGGCAUAACGUCUGCUCUGUGUGUCGCAGGGUUGUGUGUCCCGGGUGUUGUCUAGAGAUGCGUCUGCCCUCCAAGCGCUGCGUCAACCUUCCUCUGAGCUUCUUCAAGCAAAUUGUGAUGAAAGAUGGCGAGCAAAGCCAGAGAAACUUCUGGAGCGAGCGCUGGUCCUGGAAUUCAGUCUGGAUUCCUCUGGUUCUGGUGUCGAGCGGCUCCAGCUCCACAUCCCUUCACACUCUGGCCACGCGUGACUGGUACAGUCAGGACAUCUGUGUGCGCUGCCAGAAGGAUCUACUGCAGGCGUGCGACUCGCUGCUGUCCAGCUGUCCCGUCACAGACUCUCAGGAGAUCUGAUCGCUCUGUCCUUCUAUAUGCUCCUUUAUCUGUCAGUGGUGUUCGUGUGUUUUCCUUGUUGGGUUGGUUGUUCACAGUGUGGCACCAUGUUGGUUCUAGAUGUUUGUUUUCCACCAGUUGCAUAGUUCGUUUUAAGGUUUUGCAUUAUGAACAAAUUAAAUAAAUGUGCUGAACAUUU